GAACUGAGCGAGGAGCAGAACGACGGCACAAACCCCGUGUCUGGGGUCUACGACCAGUCGUCACGUUUGGUUACGGAGGAGGACCAGCAACUCGCAAAGAAGCUAAAGGAAACCUACAAGAACAUCAUCCGGCUCGAAGAGCAGUGCCAGAAGGGGUGUCUUGAAAUCAACACCAAGCUCUAUCACCAGGAGGCUGUACCGACGAUCUCACAGGACUUGUGGACGCUCUACCACGUGAAUGUAGGGCUUCUCGAUUCGUACUACGAUUUCCUCCUCUGUGCACUCCGGCCGCUGGCGUCCAAAACAGGGCGUCAGAUCGUUAAUGUGUACAAGAUCCCGCGGCGACUCUGGGUAUACGGUAUUGUGGGCUUCCUCGAGGUGUUGAAAAAUGUGGUGAACGUGUUCAUGGAGCACGAAAUCUGCGCGUGCUUCAUCUCAUACGCAUUCAACAUUCUUGCCGCGCUCACCGACACGUCCUUCGACAUGCAGGGCUGGUGGGCAGAGAAGUUGGGUGACCUCUCGCGCAUGGCCAUUGCCCUCUACCCGUCGCGCUUCAUCGACUGGAAGGUGUCGUCCGAGACUUGGUACGCGCUCGCGAUGAAGACACAGUUCGGGCACGGCAAAAUCUACUACCACAUGCUGACGGUGCAGCAAGACAACCUUGAUGCGCUCGUCAAUAUCGGCAAGUCCGUCACGUGCCGUGACCCGUUUGUACCGACCGCGCAGUAUCUCCGCUUGGUGGUGGAGAACAUCUGCAACCAGCGCAACGUGCUCACCAGCGUAGAGCUCCCGACUAUUGACUUUAUCAAGAUCCACAAGAUCCUCUUGAUGCCCACAUACCCCGAGAACCCCGAAAUGGUACUGUUGGUCAGCCGGUACCUGCGCAACUUUGGCGUGGACCCACAGGGCCUCAACUUCUUCAGCAACCCGCAUGCACUCACGCUUGAGAAGUUGACGUUCUGGUUUGCCAAGGGUGCGCAUUUCGCGCUUGCCAACCUCACGCACGUGGCCGGCUUCGGCGACACGCGCAAUCCAUUUGCGCGCCUCUUUGCGCUCCCGGAGGCGUUGAAGGAGCGCAAGGAGAAGAAGGAGCGCAAGCGCAAGUCGCGUGAUGACACGCGUGACGACGCGCUGUCGGUCACCGAAGACCCGCGCGCGUUAUCUGCACGCGACAUGAACCAGCUCAACUGGUUUGAGUGCCUCGAGUUCGUUAACAAGGGCGCGUUGGAGCUCGCCGUGCGGAUGCUCGACGCGUACCUCUCGGGCCCCACGUCUGCGUCCACCACGCAUAUCAUUGUGUGGCUCUACUUCCUCGUCGCACUCGGCGAGGCGGCUAAUAAGCAUGCGUCCGCGAAGCUUAUGGUGGAGUACUUUGUCGCCAAGUUUGUGCCAUGGGAUGCGUUUAUCAACUACCUCAACGACCUCUUGUACGAUAUCCAGCACAAGCCUGCGCUCGUUGAGCUUGCCAAGUUCCACAAUUCAUCGCCGGAGGUGGCCCUCGCAGGCGGCUUUUUGAACUACUACAACCACCAUGAGACGCUUCCCGAGGUAUUCAAGUGCUGGGGCACACUCUGGUUUGACUUUGUAGACCUCAAGACUGACUACACCUCCGCCGCUCAGGCCGGCUUACUGCGCGACAUCUUCGACACCCCAGGUGCCGGCAGUAAGUUCGCGGCGGACGAGGAGCCCGAGCGCUUGGUGCGUAUUUUGCUCCUCGCUAAGUUCGUCGCUGACACCUACAACUUCGGGCUUAUUCGCGACGAAGGCGGCUUCAAAUUCUCCGCUGACAGCUACAAGACGCAGGCGGCCGUAGAGGCGCAGUUUGGCACGGCGGCUGCGUUUGCUCGCGAUCUGCGCAUUGCUGCGCUCCCAGGCCCUGUCACGAGCCUCUACGUUGGUCGUUCGGGUGCGUGCACGCUUACGCCCACGGAGAAGGACGCACUAUGGUUGGUGCUUGGUGGCAGUCGCAAGGAUGAGGACGAGGAUGACGGCUACGAGUCUGAGACCGGUGCAGCCGGUGAUAUUGAGGAUGAGGAUGAGGACGACGAAGCGUUCGUUGCGCCGGGUGCGGCGCCUGAUGACAUGGGUGACAUGGGUGACCGCGUUGACUCGCGUGUCACGCACAUCACAUUGGAUACCAACAUUUGGUUGAAGCACUGCGGGCGCAUCUUCAAGUGCAUUCGUGCGGGGAUCCUUCGUAUCAGCAUUCCGUUGACGGUAUUCCAGGAAUUGCGCCUGUUGCGCCGGUCACAGGACGGUGCGGUGUGCGAUGCAGCGACGCGCGCGGUUAUCACCGUGCGUGAGUUGAACAGCGAGGGCCGCGUGGUGCCGUUGCGUUUUGAUGGAACCGUUGCGUCGUCUUUGAACGAAAUUACCGAGUUCGAGAACAAUGGCAACUGGCGCAGCAACAUUGACCAGAUGGUCUUGACGGCCGUGCGCGAGCACGACGAGAUGGGCCGCCGCUUGUUGAAAGGAAAUGGUGUACAGCUCGCCGCGCGCAUCAUGACCGCACAGGAGGCUGCAGAACUCCGUUACUGCGUGCUUGUUACCGACGACCGCAAUAUGCGCCUCCGUGCCAAGACUGUCGGUGUUGUGGCUUACCAUGGCAAAUGGCUUUUCAGUCAGAUUGAGCAUAUCGCUGAGGGUCGCUGCACUGACUAG